UUCACUUUCAUCCCUCAACUCCUCCUCUCUCUCUCUGAAGCGCCAAGCAGCAGUGAGAGUUUUCCUACCAUUUCUAAAGGGUGCUCCAAGCACCAACCCCUUUCUUUUUCUCGUGCUCUGUCUCUCUUCUUUACUAUUGAAUCCCUAUCAAUUUUCCUAAAAAACCCCUCUUUUAUAUAAUUUAUUAUUUGAAUCUCUGGCCCUCUUCUCCCUCUACCGGAUUUUGAGGAUUUUACUUGAAAAGAUUAUUGCUUUGCGCUGUAUGAUCCAACUCCUCAUCUGGGUUCUCUUCGAAAUUAGAAUUUUAUUAGUGGAUGGUUUUUGGAUGGAUGGCUCUCUGUGCUUGUUUUCUUUUCUUUAAUGUUCGUAAUUGUUAUUCAAGUUGUCUGAGGGUACUGAUGGAUUGGUUUUCUAGAGAUGUUUGGUUCAAUUUGGGUUGUUGUUGUUGAAUGCUGUGGUAUUUUUCUUGGUUUGUUUUGGUACUGUUCAAUGUUUUUUAUUUAAUGGGUUACUUUUAGGACCAAUGGGGAAAAAGGCUAAUAAGAAAAAGGCUCGCCCACCGCAGAAGGAGAAGCGGGUCGCUGGCCAUUCUCCCAAUAUUGUGCCUGAACAAGCAAAUCUCAAUGUUGAAAUUGUUGAUGGAGUUACAGCAGUGAAAGAGAGAAAAUUGUGUUCUCACUUUGACAAGGGUUUUGAUGCGAACAACUUGUCGGACAAAAUUAGGUCUUUGGAUUCUCUUAGGUGUGAGGAUUGUCGAGAAGGUGUUGGUGAUAGGAAGGGGGCUAAGGGAAGGGGUAAACAAGCUAAGAAGAAAGGAAGUGGUUCGGUUGAUUCAAAAUCCCAGUCGAAAGCCGUUUGGGUCUGUUUAGAAUGUGGGCAUUUAGCCUGUGGAGGGGUUGGUUUGCCAACGACUGCUCAGAGCCAUGCAAUUCGUCAUUCUAAGCAGAAUCGUCAUCCUUUGGUCUUCCAAUGGGAAAACCCUCAACUUCAAUGGUGCUUCCCAUGUAAUACACUAAUUCCAGUUGAGAAAACAGAGGGAAAUGGUGAGAAAAAAGAUUCAGUAUUUGAGGUUGUAAAGGCGAUCAAGGCGCAAUCAUUUGAACAGUCAUCAGUGGAUGCCGUGGAUGUUUGGAUUGGAAGGGGCAGUAUUCUUAGUGAACUUAAUGCAGAAGGCACUGAGGCAACUAGUUUAGAGGGAAGAAGCGGUCAUGUGGUGAGAGGCUUGGUUAAUCUUGGGAACACUUGCUUCUUUAAUUCAGUCAUGCAGAAUCUUCUAUCUAUGAACAAGUUGCGUGACUACCUAAAUGAAGAGGCAUCUCUAGGGCCUUUAUCAAUUGCUUUAAAGAAGCUAUUUACUGAUCUGCAAGCUGAGGCCAGUUUAAGAAAUGUAAUCAACCCGAAAUCUUUUUUUGGGUCGGUCUGUUCCAAGGCUCCCCAAUUUAGGGGUUAUCAGCAGCAAGAUAGUCAUGAAUUGCUGUGCUGCUUACUUGACGGGCUUUCUACUGAAGAGUUGAUUGUUAGAAAGCGAAGAAAUGCUUCCAACGAAGAUGGCAUUCCUCCAAAACAUGGUCCUACGUUUGUGGAUUCUGCUUUUGGGGGUCGAAUUUCUAGCACUGUUUGUUGUGUAGAAUGUGGGCACUCCUCAACCAUGCAUGAGCCAUUUCAAGAUCUCUCACUUCCAGUUCCAAUGAAGAAACCUCCAAUUAAAAAAGUCCAACCUGUCUCUCGAGCAAAGAAAACAAAGCUGCCACCAAAGAGAGUGGGGAAGGUUCAACCAAAGGUUAACAAAAAUAUGGAUUCAGUGCCAGCUCAAAAUAUAUCAAACCCAUCAGUCCAUGGUGAUUCUUCAUGCCACACACAGUCUUCUUCAGAUAACACUCUAGCACCAGAUUCAACUGUUCCAUCGACUGUGGUCAAUGAAACUAGCAUAGCUUCACAGAAUUCGAUGGCUGGUAUUGAAUCUGAUAGUAAGCAAGCUGUUGAGACAACAAUGGAGCAAACAGCAAGUUCAUUUGAAGACUUCUGGAUGGAUUAUGUCGGACCAGAAACUGCAUCAGAUGAGCACGGUCUUACUUCAGAAAAUAAUGAUCUUGCAGCAGGUCAGAAAUGCGGGGAUAAAUUUGACAUUCCUAAUGAUGGCUUAAUGGAGACUUGCCAGGCAUCUUCAAUUGAUGGGGAGCCAAAUCAAAAACCAGAAUCUUCUUCUGUUAAUCCUUGGGAAGAGGAGGUUCCAUUUCAAGUUCAAAGCUCUGAAGUUCUUCUGCUUCCGUACAGAGAAGAGGGCUUUACUGAUGGGGAGAUAAUGGAGGGAGAAGCUGAGGCUUCCUCAUCGUUUGUGGGCUGUGAACAAGAUGAAGCGGAAUUUGAUGGCAUUGGUGACUUAUUCAAUGAGCCUGAGGUUUCAGCAGCUCCUGUUGCAGGGCCCUCUUUACCUAAUGAAGUUGCUGGACCAGUUUUUAUUGCAGGAAUUGGCAGUGAGUCUGAUCCUGAUGAAGUUGACGAUACUGAUUCUCCAGUGUCUAUAGAGAGUUGUUUGUCUCAUUUUGUAAAGCCAGAACUUCUCUCCAAUGAUAAUGCUUGGGAAUGUGAGAACUGUUCAAAAAUCCUGCAACAGCAAAGGUUGGAUGCAAAGAAGAAGCAAGCUAAAAUAUCUCCAAAAACUUUAUUAAAUGGAGGUGAGACUCAAAUACAAAGUGAUUCAGUGAGUUUAUACAAGGACAUCUCAUAUGCCUCUGAGGUCAGAAACUUUCAGAAUGGAGAUGGUAUUCCUAAUAGCCUUCUCAACUCCACACCUGAAGUCUUUGAUUCAGGUAAUGAUUCCUCAAAUAAAAAUUUCAUACAAGCUGAAAUUGUUCAGACAGAGAUGGAACCGUUCAUUUCUCAAAGUGAAGAAAGGAAAUAUGAGAUGAAUGUAUCACAUAGCUCCGGUUACUAUGAAUCUUGUAAUGGAGAAACUUUGAGUGGUCCACCUGUUGAUUCUUGUAGUGGUGAUGAGACAAGUGGUACUGGAUAUACCAUGGUUAAAGAUGAGCAGACUGGCUCCAACUUCUCUGGAAACUGUGAGUCAGAUGUGAAUGAGGAUGAGGAUAAAACUUCAAAAAAACUGAAUGUAAAGAGGGAUGCAACUAGGAGGUUCCUUAUUGAAAAACCCCCGCCUAUUCUAACCAUUCAUUUGAAGAGGUUCAGUCAAGAUGCUCGUGGUCGUCUAUGUAAAUUGAGCGGCCAUGUUACCUUCAGAGAUGUACUUGAUCUUGAACCUUAUAUGGAUCCCAGCAUUUACAGGUCCGUUGACACAGAGAGAUAUGUAUAUCGCCUGCUUGGGGUGGUAGAGCAUUUAGGAACAAUGAGGGGAGGCCACUAUAUUGCAUAUGUCAGAGGAGAUGAGAGGAACAAAGGCAAGGCUGACAAAGAACAGGGGGGUUCUGUGUGGUAUUAUGCCAGUGACGCCCAUGUGCGUGAGGUUUCCCUGGAAGAAGUUCUGCGUUGCGAUGCUUAUUUAUUAUUUUAUGAGAAAGUAUCAAAUUGAUUUGUUUUUCAUGUGAUUCUUUAACUCGGGGUAUACAUGAAAUCCCAAAGGGGAGGGAGAGAAACACGACUUGACAAGAAGAGAGAGUGUACAACAACCAACACCAUAUAUAUUUGAUACUCCAUUUUUUGACAUCGAAGGAGCUCUAAGACCCUACAUUGUGAAACUACAUCACAUCAUGAGAAUAUUAUUUUCUCUUUUCUUUUGUCCCGUUGUCCUGGGAUUCUUAGCUACUUGAACUGGAAUGUUUUUCCGGGACA